GCCUGGCUGCAGCCCCUCUCGGCGGCUCGCCUUUUCCGUUGGGCUCCUCAGGAGAGGCCCAGGCCGCCAGGCGGGCCUGGCGACGCGGAGGGUAAUCUGGGCAACACUAUGAACUGCUGAACAAAAUAGAACAGUAUACAUGUGAGAUAGCUGAAGAUCAAGAAGAGGAUUAUCUUAAGUGGACAUUUUAUAUCCAGCUUGGAAACUGGAAGAAUUUUUAUUUAUAUUUUUAUCCUGGUGAAUAUUUACAAUGAAUGGACACAGCGAUGAAGAAAGUGCACGGAACAGCAGUGGAGAAUCAAGCCAGUCAGAUGAUGAUUCCGGUUCAGCUUCUGGUUCGGGAUCUGGUUCAAGUUCUGGAAGCAGUAGUGAUGGAAGUAGCAGCCAAUCGGGAAGCAGCGAUUCAGACUCUGGAUCAGAGUCUGGCAGUCAGUCAGAAUCAGGGUCUGACACAUCUAAGGAAAAGAAAGUCCAAGCAAAACCUCCAAGGGUUGAUGGAGCUGAGUUUUGGAAAUCAAACCCAAGUAUUUUGGCUGUACAAAGAUCUGCAAUGCUCCGAAAGCAGCAGCAAUUGCAGCAGCAGCAGCAGUCAAAAGCUGCAUCCUCAAACAGUGGCUCAGAAGAGGACUCGUCAAGUAGUGAAGACUCUGCUGAUGACUCAUCCAGUGAAAUCAAGAGGAAGAAUCAUAAAGAUGAAGACUGGCAAAUGUCUGGCUCAGGAUCUGUGUCUGGAACUGCUUCAGAUUCUGAUUUGGAAGAAAGUAGAGAGAAAAGUAGUGGUGAUGAGAGUGAAUCUGACUAUGAGCCAAAAAACAAAGUCAAGAGCAGGAAGCCUCCAACCAGAAUAAAGCAAAAAAGCAGGAAGAAAAUUUCAGGGCAGAAAAAAAGGCAACUUGAAUCAUCAUCAUCAUCAUCUGAUGACGACGACUAUGACAAAAGAGGAUCUCGCCGCCAGGCAACAGUAAAUGUUAGUUAUAAGGAAGCAGAAGAGGCAAAGACGGAUUCAGAUGAUCUGCUGGAAGUUUGUGGAGAGGAUGUUCCGCAACCUGAAGAAGAUGAAUUUGAAACAAUAGAAAAAUUUAUGGAUAGCCGCAUUGGACGAAAAGGAGCCACUGGUGCUACAACCACCAUCUAUGCCGUUGAAGCUGAUGGCGAUCCAAAUGCAGGUUAUGAUAAAUCAAAAGAACCUGGUGAUGUGCAAUAUUUGAUUAAAUGGAAAGGUUGGUCCCAUAUCCAUAACACUUGGGAAACAGAAGAAACUCUGAAACAGCAGAAUGUUAGAGGAAUGAAAAAACUUGACAAUUAUAAGAAGAAGGAUCAAGAAACUAAACGAUGGUUAAAAAAUGCCUCUCCAGAAGAUGUGGAGUAUUACAAUUGCCAGCAAGAAUUGACAGAUGAUUUACAUAAACAGUAUCAAAUAGUAGAACGAAUAAUUGCCCAUUCUAAUCAGAAGUCAGCAGCAGGUUAUCCAGAUUAUUAUUGUAAAUGGCAGGGUCUCCCUUACUCAGAGUGCAGCUGGGAAGAUGGUGCUCUCAUAGCAAAAAAAUUCCAGUCACGCAUCGAUGAAUAUUUUAGUAGAAACCAGUCCAAGACUACUCCUUUUAAGGACUGUAAGGUUUUAAAACAAAGGCCAAGAUUUGUGGCCCUAAAGAAACAGCCAUCUUAUAUUGGAGGCCAUGAAGGAUUGGAACUCAGAGAUUAUCAGCUAAAUGGACUAAACUGGCUGGCUCAUUCUUGGUGCAAGGGGAACAGUUGUAUUCUUGCAGAUGAAAUGGGAUUGGGUAAAACAAUACAAACAAUCUCCUUUCUAAAUUACUUGUUCCAUGAGCAUCAGUUGUAUGGGCCUUUCUUGCUAGUAGUGCCACUUUCAACUUUGACAUCUUGGCAAAGAGAAAUCCAGACAUGGGCUCCCCAAAUGAAUGCUGUAGUUUAUUUGGGAGACAUUACUAGCAGAAAUGUGAUUAGAACACACGAAUGGAUGCAUCCGCAGACCAAACGAUUAAAAUUUAACAUCUUACUGACAACUUAUGAAAUUUUGUUAAAGGAUAAGUCAUUCCUUGGUGGUCUGAACUGGGCAUUUAUAGGAGUGGAUGAAGCCCAUCGAUUAAAAAAUGAUGACUCCCUCCUGUACAAGACCUUAAUAGACUUCAGAUCCAAUCAUCGCCUUCUUAUCACUGGAACACCACUUCAAAAUUCUCUGAAAGAGCUCUGGUCUCUGCUGCACUUCAUUAUGCCAGAAAAGUUUUCUUCUUGGGAAGAUUUUGAAGAGGAACACGGGAAAGGAAGGGAAUUUGGCUAUGCAAGUCUUCAUAAAGAACUUGAACCAUUUCUUUUGAGGAGAGUUAAGAAAGAUGUAGAGAAAUCUCUGCCUGCUAAGGUUGAGCAGAUUCUAAGAAUGGAGAUGAGUGCAUUGCAAAAGCAAUAUUACAAGUGGAUUUUAACCAGGAAUUACAAAGCCCUCAGUAAAGGUUCAAAGGGCAGUACCUCAGGCUUUCUGAAUAUUAUGAUGGAGCUCAAAAAGUGUUGUAAUCAUUGCUACCUCAUUAAACCACCAGAUGAUAAUGAAUUCUAUAAUAAACAGGAGGCCUUACAAAAUUUAAUCCGAAGUAGUGGGAAGCUAAUUCUUUUAGACAAGCUGCUGAUUCGCUUACGAGAGCGUGGCAGCAGAGUGCUUAUAUUCUCUCAGAUGGUGCGGAUGCUGGACAUCUUGGCUGAAUAUUUGAAAUAUCGUCAGUUUCCCUUUCAAAGACUAGAUGGAUCAAUAAAAGGCGAACUGCGGAAGCAAGCACUGGAUCAUUUCAAUGCAGAAGGUUCUGAGGACUUUUGCUUUUUGCUCUCUACCAGAGCUGGAGGCCUGGGUAUAAAUUUGGCAUCUGCUGAUACUGUAGUUAUAUUUGAUUCUGACUGGAACCCUCAAAAUGACCUUCAGGCACAAGCUAGAGCACAUAGGAUUGGACAAAAGAAGCAGGUUAAUAUUUAUCGACUGGUCACUAAGGGAUCAGUAGAAGAAGAUAUCCUGGAAAGAGCUAAAAAGAAGAUGGUUUUAGAUCAUUUGGUCAUUCAAAGGAUGGACACUACAGGGAAGACAGUAUUGCACACAGGCUCUGCACCUUCUAGCUCUGCUCCUUUCAACAAAGAGGAGCUGUCAGCUAUUUUAAAGUUUGGUGCUGAGGAACUUUUUAAGGAACCAGAAGGUGAAGAACAGGAGCCACAGGAAAUGGACAUAGAUGAAAUUUUGAAAAGAGCUGAAACACGGGAAAAUGAAACUGGUCCAUUAAGCGUGGGAGAUGAGUUGCUUUCUCAGUUCAAGGUAGCUAAUUUCUCCAACAUGGAUGAAGAUGAUAUUGACUUGGAACCUGAACAAAAUUCAAGGAAUUGGGAAGAAAUCAUUCCAGAGGUGCACAGGCGAAGAUUAGAAGAGGAGGAAAGACAAAAGGAACUGGAAGAAAUAUAUUUACUUCCAAGAAUGAGAAACUGUGCAAAACAGAUCAGCUUUAAUGGAAAUGAAGGGAGACGCUGUAGGAACAGGAGAUAUUCUGGAUCAGAUAGUGACUCAAUCUCAGAAAGAAAACGCCCCAAAAAACGUGGAAGACCACGUACUAUUCCACGGGAAAAUAUUAAGGGGUUUAGUGAUGCAGAGAUUCGGAGGUUUAUCAAGAGUUACAAGAAAUUUGGGGGCCCUCUUGAAAGGUUAGAUGCCAUAGCUAGAGAUGCUGAACUGGUGGAUAAAUCUGAGAUAGACCUCAGACGACUUGGAGAGCUAGUACAUAAUGGGUGUAUCAAGGCUCUAAAGGAUAACUCAUCUGGACAGGAAAGAGCAGGAGGCAGACUUGGCAAAGUUAAAGGCCCAACAUUCAGAAUAUCAGGAGUACAAGUCAAUGCUAAACUAGUAAUUGCACAUGAGGAAGAACUAGAGCCUUUGCACAAAUCCAUUCCUUCAGAUCCAGAGGAAAGGAAGAGGUAUACCAUUCCUUGUCACACUAAGGCAGCUCAUUUUGAUAUGGAUUGGGGCAAGGAGGAUGACUCUAAUCUUCUAAUAGGCAUUUAUGAAUACGGAUAUGGUAGUUGGGAAAUGAUAAAAAUGGACCCAGAUCUCAAUUUAACACACAAGAUUUUACCAGAUGAUCCAGAUAAGAAGCCCCAAGCCAAGCAGUUGCAGACUCGUGCAGACUACCUCAUAAAAUUACUCAAUAAGGACCUUGCAAGGAAGGAAGCCCAAAGACUAUCUGGAGCAGGUGGCUCAAAGAGAAGAAAAAUGAGAAUUAAGAAGAGCAAGACCAUAAAAGCAGCAAAGAUGAAGGAGGAGAUAAAGAGUGACACAUCACCAACCCCUUCAGAUAAGUCUGAGGAAGAGGAAGAGGAGGAUAGCAAGGAUGAAAUGUCUUCUGUGAAACAUCCAAAUAAAAAGAUGAAAACAGAAAAAGAAAUUGAAGAAAGUCUUGAUGCAGAUACUACCAUGAAAAAGGAGGUGGAUGAGAAAAGAGAGACCAAGGAAAACAAAAGGGAUCCGAAAAGGGACAAAAAGGAAAAAGAGGACAAGAAAGAGAUGAGGGAAAAAGAGAUGAAAGAUAGGAGAGAAAACAAGGCAAAAGAAUACGUACAAAAAGAAAAGGAAGUGAAAGAAGACAAGACAAAUGAAUUCAAACCUGACAACAAGGACAAAACAAAAAAAGCCCCUUCAGCAGAUACACCUGUUCAUAUAACAGCAAGCAGUGAGCCAGUUCCUAUAUCUGAAGAAUCUGAGGAGCUGGAUCAGAAGACAUUCAGUAUAUGCAAAGAAAGAAUGAGGCCUGUCAAAGCAGCACUAAAACAACUGGAUAGACCAGAGAAAGGUCUUUCAGAAAGGGAACAACUGGAACAUACUAGACAAUGUCUUAUCAAAAUUGGAGAUCAUAUAACAGAGUGUUUAAAAGAAUAUACAAAUCCAGAACAAAUCAAACAGUGGAGAAAGAACUUGUGGAUUUUUGUUUCCAAAUUUACGGAAUUUGAUGCCAGAAAACUUCAUAAAUUGUACAAACAUGCAAUAAAGAAACGCCAAGAAACUCAGCAGCAUAAUGAACAGAACCUUAGCAGUAGUAUGAAUACCCAUUUGAAUAGAAAUCCAGAUGUGGAACGACUAAAAGAGAACACAAAUCAUGAUGAUAGUAGCAGAGACAGUUAUUCAUCAGACAGGCACUUAUCACAGUAUCAUGAUCAUCAUAAAGACAGACUUCAUGGAGACAACUACAAAAAAAGUGAUUGCAGAAAAAGGCCGUAUUCUUCCUUUAGCAAUGGAAAGGACCAUAGAGAUUGGGAUCACUAUAAACAGGAUAACAGAUACUAUGGUGACAAUAAACAUAGAAAGCUAGAUGACCACAGAAGUAGAGACCACAGGUCAAGUCUCGAAGGAAGCUUAAAAGACAGUCGAUCACACACAGAUCAUCAAAUAACUUUGGAUCAUCGAUCUAGUUCAGACUACAGCCAUCAUAAAUCUUCAAGGGAUUAUAGAUACCACUCCGACUGGCAAAUGGACCACAGAGCUUCCAGUAGUGGUCCUCGGUCACCAUUAGAUCAGAGAUCACCAUAUGACUCACGAUCUCCAUUAGGACACAGAUCUCCAUUUGAACAUUCAACAGAUCACAAAAGUACACCAGAACAUAUGUGGAGUAGUCGGAAGACAUAGCAAAAACUAACAUUUCCUGAACUUUUUUUUUAGCCAUACACAAUAAACUAACACAGCAAUUGCCUUACAUGACUUGAAAAAUAUGGACCGGAUACGCUAUGAGUAGCAGUAUUGUUACUACUUUUCCAAUAUGCUAUGUCUAUUAUCCCAACAGAAGAAGAGAUAUUUUUGUAUUUAAAGUUUUAAUGCUGCACUGUGCUGCAAAUGUUGUAGCACAUUUUUUUAAAGAAAAAGAUGUUUACUUUUUACAGGGACCUCAACACUGCCCCAUUCAGACUGGAUCUUAAUCUGAACUCCUCAUCAAAGUGGUUUUAUCCUGAACACAAUUUAAAUUAUGUUUGUAGAUGAGCAUUCACAUGUUAACCUGUGAUCAUAUUUCAGGAAAGAAUCAAGAUUUUUUUUAAAGAAUAAAAAAUAAAACAAGGAGUCAAGGACGUUGUUCACGUUCCAAAACUAUUUGUUUACAUUGUACACUGCGACCACCUUGCCGUUUUUUCAUCACAAGCUUGAAUAUUUAAAUUCUGUAACUAUAAUUGUAUAGUAGCCAGGCAUUCUCCAGUUUGAUAAAUUGCAAUGCCUUUUUACAAAAUGGCUGUAAAUUAUUGUAAAUUAAUUAAAUGAGCUUUCCCCUCUCAGA